UCGAUUUGCAUAAGCUUCAACUUUUUGCUUCAAAAUGAGUAAUUUUAAGUUUUUUAUAUUCGUUUAUACUAUUUUUGCAAUUGCCUCAGUUCCAACUUUCGGAUUUGGAAUGGCACCACCCAUGCCAAGUCCAAGAGGAACGGACCAUUUAUAUCCUUGCUCUAUGCAUGUUGCAUGUGGAGAUCCUGAUCCAAAGGACAAAAAAGAAUUUGAGGACAUGUUUGCUCGAAUUGAACACGAGGAUUUUUUGAUCGUAGCAGGGGAUUUAAAAGAAUCAAACGAUCUUUAUUCUUACAAAUCUUAUGAAGAAAUGAAUCCAAUGAUAGCGGAAACAUGUGAAAUAGCAGAUGGAGACUUACGGGAAACUUUGUUUAACUUGAUUGUGCAAAUAUAUCUAGAAAACUAUUCUGAAAUUUGUACAACUCCAACAGCUACGUGCAUGCGCUGGUCAGACCGAACGAAAGAGUGUAUGGAUUUCUUGGAUAGACUUCAUGAUGAAAAGAAAUGCUGAAAUACUGAAAUGUUUAAAAAAUAAAACAGCUGUUGACCUUUAAUCCGUAGCAGUUUUCAAGCAUUUAAUAAAAAUUUGCAUAGAU